CUGGGCAUCUGAAAAUCAGAGAGGUAGAGCUUCCUGUUGGAAGAUGCAUAGCCUACAUUCAGCCCCGUUGUCCUUCAUUCCUGCACCCUGCUGUCCCUCCGUUCCUCUGGAGCAAGCAAUCACAGCCACUCCUCACCCUCCCUUCCUCAGACAGCUGCUGUGAUUUGAAUAACCAAGCAGGCUGCUGGAUGUCUGGCUGGUAACUGAUUUGCCUGGCAAACAGAUCCUCAGGUCCUUGGCCCUGCUGCUACUGAGAAGACAGCCUCCCUGCACUUCCAGGAGCUGUCUAGGUUCCAGUCUUGCCCUUGCUUAAGGUUCUUGUGGGUCCUAGUGCUUAGCCACCCCUGGUGUCCGGCGAGUGUCCUCAGGAACCUGGUUUAGGAGAAGGGGGAGGAAUGGUGGUCCCAUGGCAGAGUAACUAGAGCCAGCUAUGUCAGCUCCCUGGGCUGGUCACAAAAUUUGCAUGGAGAGAAUAAGGCUCCGCAGGGCUCCCUCCUCCCUCUAGUCAUCCGGGGCUGAGGCUGAGGCGUGACUGCAGGUGGAAGAGGCAGUCAUCUGCGUGGGGCCAUAUCACCAUUCCUGGAGGUGAUGCCCCGUGCCUUCCUGGUCAGGAGUCGGCGUCCACAGCCACCCAACUGGGGCCACCUGCCUGAUAAGCUCCGGGGAGAUGCCUAUGUCCCAGACUGCAGCAACCAGCGGGGCCCACCAGCAGACCAGUCUUCUGGCCUCGGGGACUCUUGGGUAGCGCCCAUGCAGGACAGUCUGGCCUCCACUCCCAGGGGCCCGGGGACCCUGGGCUGCCCACUCUGCCCCAAGGCCUUCCCCCUGCAGCGCAUGCUGACUCGGCACCUCAAGUGCCACAGCCCUGCGCGCCGCCACGUGUGCCGCUGUUGUGGCAAGGGCUUUCAUGAUGCCUUCGACCUCAAGCGCCACAUGAGAACGCACACCGGUAUCCGGCCAUUCCGCUGUGGAGCUUGUGGGAAAGCAUUUACACAGCGCUGCUCCCUAGAAGCUCAUCUUGCCAAGGUGCACGGGCAGCCGGCCAGCUACGCUUACCGGGAGCGCCGGGAGAAGCUGCAUGUAUGUGAGGAUUGUGGCUUCACCUGCUCUAGGCCAGACGCGUACCUGCAGCACCGGGCCCUACAUCGUGCUGCUUGACAAUGUGCAUCUCACACAACCCACGAGGGGCAAAUAAACACAGGAAACGCA